AUGCUCGGCCUCACCAGAAGAAUUGUUAUAUUCGCCGCAAUCGACGGGCUCAUCCUUCAGCCAGCGCCACCUCGCAACCACCCUCCUACUACCCAGCAAGCCAUUAAGAUUGACUACAAGGGCAACGUCUCCCCACUGCUCAAAGACCGCCGCGACGAAGAUACCGCGCCAGCUUCGCUUGAGGUCCAUGGCAUAGUUGGUCUUCUGAAGAUCGCAUCCUCCUCCUUCCUCAUCUCUAUAUCCCGCCGUCAGCAGGUCGCUCAGAUACGGGGAAGGCCAAUAUACGUGAUCACCGAUGUCACUCUCAUCCCGCUGUCCUCUCAAGCAGAUGCGAACAAGGCUAUAACGCAGGCCCGAGAAAGCCUGCAGAAGCAUUCAAGGGCGGAAGGCACUGGUGAAGAGCUGGAAAGCGAUACUUCAGACGACGAAUCUGUCACCUAUGCAGACACUGCCACCCACGAGGACUCUCUGCCUUCAACUCCACCAACGGAGGAGGACAUACAAUCGACCGCAGCUACCAAGCGUGAGAGGAGAUCAAGCAUUGCCGAAGAUGUUGUGGUUAAGAAGGGCGCGUACGGAAGGUUCGCGGACAGAUGGUUUUCCAAAAAGGGUUGGAGUACUGAGGGGCGGAGAAAGCUAGGAAUGAGUAGUGAAGAGGAACUCAACCACCAGCAGGAGCUGCGAAACUCCUUGACUGCUGUGCAGUCUAAUCACGGGGCAGCUGAAGAUGGGACCCCUGAGAAGUCUGAAGCCGUCGAGGCUGGCACAAGUGGCGGCAAGGACGCAGACCAGUCGCCAGCGGAGAUCGAGAAAGUACUAGAAGAUCCAUCGCAGGACGUUAUGGCAUCCAUGAUGCCAAAGAUCAUUCGGACGACGAGAUUGUAUUUCUCGUCUAGGAGCUUCUUCUACUCUUACGACUACGACAUAUCCCACAGUCUCAGCAAGCAAACCACCGGCCACUCAUCUUUACCGUUGUUCAAGCUGUUCGAUCCCUUAUACUUCUGGAACCAGCAUGUCAUACAGCCUUUCAUCGAAGCUGGUCAACACAGCUAUGUAUUGCCUCUUCUGCAAGGCUUUGUUGGUCAGCGAGCUUUCUCCGUCAAUGUAUCACCGGACACCGAGCAGAGUGCUAUAGUGGACGCAGCCUCAAAACCGGAGGAUGUGAUCGCAGCACAGAACGACGCUACAGAGCCAGCAGAAGCGAGCGGCAAGCCAGAUCUUGAAAAAGGGGAAGGACGUAAAGACUUUCUUCUGACCCUGAUAUCCCGCCGCUCGACCAAGCGCGCCGGCCUUCGUUACCUUCGCCGCGGAGUCGACGACGAAGGCAACGCUGCCAACAGCGUCGAAACGGAGCAAAUACUUUCCACCCCAUCAUGGAGAUCCUCGGAGAAGAUCUUCUCUUUCACCCAAUACCGCGGCUCCAUUCCCCUCUUCUUCUCCCAGAGCCCCUUCAGCUUCAAACCAAUGCCCACGCUGCACGGCUCCCAGGAGACAAACACCCAAGCCUUCCGCCAACAUUUCUCCAACCUCGCCAGCCGCUACGGUGGCAUCGCCUGCGCCUCCCUUGUCGACAAGCACGGCACCGAGGCCAAAAUCGGCUCAGCUUAUGAGCAGCACGCCAAUCUCCUCAACGACAUCGGCGGCGUCGACGGCAAAGGCAUGCGCAUCAGCUUCCACUGGUUCGACUUCCACGCCGUAUGUCGAGGCAUGAAAUUCGAAAACGUCUCACAACUAAUGGAGAUUCUCGGCCCGACCCUCUCCUCCUUCGGCUGGACUGUCACGCAGCACGACCAGCUCUUGCAGCGCCAAUCCGGCAUCCUGCGCACCAAUUGCAUGGACUGCCUCGACCGCACCAACGUCGUGCAAUCCGCAUGCGCCCGCCACGCGCUGGAGCAACAACUCGGCUCACUCCACAUCGCCAUCGACCUGCAGCACGACCCCAGCACCUCCUGGUUCAACACUCUCUGGGCCGACAACGGCGACGCAAUCUCGAAGCAAUACGCCGGCACGGCAGCGUUGAAAGGCGACUUCACGCGGACACGCAAACGCAACAUCGGCGGCGCGCUCACGGACUUUGGCCUAACGCUGUCUCGCUACUACAACAAUAUCGUGAACGACUAUUUUACGCAGGCGGUGAUCGAUUACCUCCUCGGCAAGGCGACCGACCAGGUCUUCGCGGACUUCGAGGCCGACAUGAUGAGUCGCGACCACGCGAUCGAUAUCCGCAAGGUGCGGCAGGCGGCGAUUGACCGCAGCGCAGAGAUCUGCGUCGAGGAGGCCGACGAGGGCCUCGUGGGAGGCUGGACGUUGAGUUGUCCCACCAAAGCGAAUUCGCUGCGUGCGACCCCGUUUGAGGAGUGCGUGCUGCUGCUUACGGAGCGGGCGUUGUAUUUUGUGAGGUUUGAUUGGACGACAGAGAAGGUGAGGGAGUUUGAGAGGGUGGAGUUGGGGAGGGUGGAGAGGUUGGUCAAGGGGGUUUAUGUGACGAGUACGCUGGCGAAGAGGCAUACGGAUGAGAGGAGGAAUGUGGGAUUUGUGGUAAUAUUUGAGGUGGGGGAGGAGGAUGAGGGCGUUAGAGUCAAUACGAGGAGUUUGGCGAAUGAGAGGAAGGAGGGGGAGGAGGAUGGGCCGGGUAAGGGGGUCGAAGAGGAGGACGAGCAACAAGACAAGGAUACGAAGUCUGAGGGGAAAGCGGAGAAGGUGACGGAGAUGGAAAAGAGGUUCCUGGCCUUCAAGGCGCUGCCACCGAGGUCGGCCGUCGCAACUGUGCAGAGCGAGGAUAACGAUCCGAAGAGCGAGAUGGAGAUGGUCACGAUGCUUUGUGAUGAGAUCAAGAGGGUUGCCGACAGCGCGCGGAAAACAGCGAGCGCAACCACCAGUGAAAGAGAAGGCGGCUUGGAGAUCGAAGAGAGGGACAUCAUCUCCGUCGCAGAGGCGAAGAAGAGCACGGGGUAUCUUGAGCAGAUUGGAUAUUCUAUGAAGAAGCUUGUAUGGGGAUGA